AUGUUUCAGUUUCAGUUGUUGUUGUUGUUGUUGUUCUUGUUCUUCUUCUUCUUCUUCUUCUUCUUCUUCUUCUUCUUCUUCUUCUUUGUCCCCUUUUCGUUUUCUCUUUUUUGUUUUGAUUCUUUUUUUCCUUCUUUUUUCCAAAUCUCAAUAUUUCUCUGCUCUUUUCCAAACCUUUUUUUACUAGCCUACACCGCUUCCACGUCUUCCUCUUCCAUCUUCUUCUUCUUCUUCUUCUUCUUCUUCUUCUUCUUCUUCUUCUUCUUCUUCUACGUUCUUUUUACGUUCUCUAACUUUUUCUUUCACUUUAUUCCAAAUAUUCUUCUUUUUCCUCCUCCCCCUUUCACUGUUUCCUUAAAAGAAAUCUAUAAUUUUUCUUUCUUUUUCUGUCUUUAUUUCUCUUCCUAUCUCGGGCUUUUAUUUAUUAUCUUCUUCCUCAAAACGUCUUUCCUAGCUUCUUUUUUCUUUUCCUUAUUUAAAAAAAAUGUUUCCUUCUUCUUCGCCUGA